CCGUUUGGGAGUGGAAAUUCCUCGAGUUUUAAUUACUCCUUUUUUUUUAUUUUUAUUUUUUUUUUUACUCGGUCGUACAGUAUAUAAACAUUAAAGUGAAGUAAAACGAAUUAUUCCUUCGUCGAACUGUGUCUGUGAUAAAUCAUAAUAGUAUAACUAAAAAUUCGCAAAUACCGAUCAACUAACGCCAAGAUGUACGCACUUAAAGUAGUGUUGUUGUGCUGGACCAUUACCAUCGUUUUUUGCGACAACAACUCACAAAACUCAAAUGACCGUUCCGCGUCAAUAUUCCAGAGUUGCAUUGCAGAAACAAAGCUAUCUGGCGACGCACUUAAAGGGUUUCGCUCGAUGAGUAUACCAAAGUCACAAGCUGAAAAAUGUAUGAUGGGUUGCUUGAUGAGAAAAGUUAAUGUAAUUAAUAAAGGCAAGUUUUCGGUGGAAGAGGCAACCAAAGUAGCACAGACGUAUUACGGGACAAACCAAACGAUGAUGAAAAAGGCAAAGGACUUGAUCGACGUCUGCGCAAAGAAAGCGCAAUCCGCGUCUGAUGAAUGUACUUUAGCCGGUGUCGUAACUACUUGCAUCGUAGAGGAAGCUCAAAAAGCUGGAUUAUCCGGUGGACCUGGCAGCCGUUCAAGACGAAAUGUUUCACCGAAAUUCAGACACAGCGUAUAAAUUAUUUAAGCUAUUUAAGCAUCAAUAAACGAUUAUUUAAAUUAUAUUCCUUUUUAAUAACUAAUUUAAUACUCUGGGCUUGUAAACAUUACAUGGCUGACAAUAAAAAAACUAUUUAAUCCGAAUA